CAUUUAGAACGUUUCAGGUCGAUUUUAACCUUCAACGAGUUCAGUUGAACGAUUAGUGAGUAAGAGUAAAGAAAAUGCGCUCUUUGAUUAUUUUGUGUUUGGUUGCAACCGUUUGUGCCCAAUACAACUAUGGCAGUACGGGCUCAUCGAAUUUUGUGGGAAGUGCCUCAGCUCCAGCCCCUGUAGUGGGUGGUGUACACAAGGAAUUCUAUUAUUUUAUGGCUCCUGAGGGUCUCCUAGACGAUCCACAUGCUGGUGAGAUAUUGGCUGCUGCUUCGAAGAAGAGAGUUCGUGUUAUCUUCAUCAAGAAUCCCGAAAAUAAGGCCUACGAAGAUGCAGUCGCUAAACUACUGAAACAGGCCACAGAACAACGUACCGCAAUCUAUGUGCUCACCAAACAACCUGACCUUAAUGAAUUGGCCAACAAAUUCAAUGCCAUUCGCAGCAAUGUCAAUGCUAAGCCUGAAGUCCAUUUCGUCAAAUACCGUACCCCAGAAGAUGCUGCCAAUGCCCAGCGGGCCAUUCAAAGCCAAUACGAUUCAUUGGGCGGUACAUCACAAAAUUUCAAUGGUGGUGUUGCUCCAGUUCUUAAUUUUGCUUCGCAGGCUCAAAAUUAUGCUCAACAAAGUGUAGCUGCCCCCGCCCAAAGUCCUGAAAGUAUUUAUUUGCCAUCGGCUAUUUUACGUAAAUACCGUACAAACCGUCGCGUUUAAAAGAAUUGAAAACUAAAGUGUACUCCGCUAAUUUUCGUUAAUUUAUUUUAGUUAAAAUUAAUAUUUAUUUAAUAAACGAAUUU